CAAAGUGCCCAUCCCCCAAUUAUUUGCACUGCAUAGUAUUUAUCAAUAACAGUUAAAUAAUGGGUAACCUAUUUAGCAAGAGGCAAGUCACCAUACUAAGCAUUGAUGGAGGUGGUAUUAGGGGUGUCAUCCCUCUAAAAGUCCUCCAAUUCCUCGAAGAUGAACUUGAGAUCCUGGAAAAUGGCAAUAAACAAAAACAAGAGGGGGAGGCAAGUAGCAAGAAGGUGAGGCUUGCAGACUACUUUGAUGUAAUCGCAGGAACAAGUGCAGGGGCACUUAUCACAUCUUUGCUUGCUUUACCUGAAUCAAUUGAAAUUGAUGCUUCAAAACAAAUUGUUGGCCAAUUACCACGACCUCGCACUGCAGAAGAAAUUACUGAAUUGCUCUGUGACAAAGGCCCUAUAAUCUUCGAAAAGGAAACUUCCAAACAAGUCGACGGCACAACAACCAGUAAUCAAACCAACAAGGCGGCUUUGGAUUUCGUCGACCGAAUUAAAAAAAAGUGCCACGACAUCUUGGAAAGUGCCGAGAAGAAAGUAGAAGCUGCAAUAAAGGCAGUGGUUGACACAGUUUACACUGGGGAACAUCUUAAUGAGGUUGCUGGGGAACUGUUGGGAAAAGAUACUCUGUUAAAGGACCUAUCAACCAAUAUUGUCAUCCCAACUUAUGACGUCAAUAAACUUCGUCCAGUUGUCUUCACUACCCGACUAACAAUGUUAGCUAUAAGAGAAGCAAGCAAGGUGUUUGGAGGAACAAGGGACUACAGUAAUUAUCUAAUACUAUGACUUGGAACUGGAAAAGAAAAGCUUUCAGGUGGUAGGACUAUUCUAACUGGUGGAAUCGUUGAUUGGCUCUUUGGUUUAGAAGCCAUUGUUGCUCUCAAGAUCAAAACGCCGCCGUUAGUGGAUGUCUUUUUUGGAGUCUCAGAGGAUGUUGCAGAUAUCAUGACUUCUUACGCCCUUGGCGAACGUAAUCUCCGUCGCAAUUACCUCCGAAUCCAGUUUUGCUAAAAGACUGUACGAUGAACGGAGACGUCGUAUACUAUAUAAGAAGUGUUUUGGCCUCAUUAAUAAUCGAUCUUUGGUGGCAAUUAUGGCACUGAUAUGUUUUAUGUUCAUGGUUUGCUUUGGAGCUCGUCGUGUUGGAUUCAUUUGAUUCAAAGAAAGUGUUUCUAUCUCUGUAGCUACUAAUGAUGUUGGUUUGGUGUCAAUAAGAAGUGUUUUUAUUUCCUUACUAUUUAUUUAUUUAUUUUUAUUAUUAUUAUUAUAAAUAAAAAUAAAUAAAACGAGAGAGAAAGAGAGAGAAGGAUAACCUCUCCAUCAAUUGAAUGUCAAAAAUUCAUCUGUGUAAAAAGAUAUUGCUUUCUUCUAAUUAUGUCUUCUUAUUCAUGUUUAUCACUUGGAUAUGAAAGUGUAAUUGACCUUGAAGAUGCUCAAUUCAUCAACUUAAUGAAAU